AUGUCCUCCCAGUACAGGCUCACAAUCCUCAUCUCCGACGACACUUUCCCCGCACUCAAGAAGGCUGGAUACAGACUUUGCAUCGCAAAAGAAGUUAAUGGCAAAUACGAUGUCGCCUUCCAAACUGUAAAGGAAGUCGCGUAUCAGAACGACUUUGAGUUCGAGGAGCGCUUUCGAAUCUUCGGAACGAGGAAGUUUGAAGUCGGUGAAAACGCACAGCCCUUCACCAGAAGAGUGCCUAUUUUGUCAGGCCGGGAAGUUACCUUGGACGUUGACGGCGCUUUCAGCGUUGUGUCUGGGCCUGUGGUACCGUCAAAGCCAUUCACGGUCCACAACCAGUAUGCCUACCCCCUCCACUUCGGUGUCGACGCGGUUGUAGAUAACGAUUACAACACUGCGUUCGUUCAUGAGAUGGCGGUCCUGUCUGGAGAGAUCUUCGUGGCGCCCAAAAAGAAGCUCUUGAUCUGGUUUGAACAGGGACUCGAGACUGGUAUGAUGUUUACCCACACCGUCUCGAAUUCCAUACGGCUCGACUUUACGGAAACAAACGACAUCACCAUCAGCUACACCGCGCCUCGAUCUGCACCUGAGAAAGGCAUAUGGUCAUUCGGACCUCUCCCGGUGUUAGGACAGACGUACCACCCCGAGACGAACACGUUCUCUUUGACUCCAGCUAUCCUACCUUCUGGGGAUGAGCUCAAGCAACUGGGUGAACUGUUGCGACUUGAGCCCCCCACCCAUAGCAAACGCCCGCUUGCCAUUACGGCUGCUUAA